AUGGACACAGCCAACAUAGUUAUAUUUAUUACUAUGUUUGUAUGCAACUUCAAGUAUGCAUUGGGGGACAUUGGUACUGCCUCUUCAUAUGACCCUCCUUACACACCAACCAAGUGUAACGGGGACCAAGCAGACCAAUUUCCAUCAGGGAACUUGUUUGUAUCGGUGAGCGAAGGGCUGUGGGACAACGGGGCAGCAUGUGGCAGGCGUUACCGGUUGAAAUGUCUUAGCGGGAGUAACAAACCAUGUAAAGACGGCACCAUUGAUGUUCGGGUGGUGGAUUUUUGCUCAAAAAGUAGAUCAAGCAGCCGGCCAUGUCCUUCCAGUACCAUUCUCUUGUCUAACGACGCCUUCUCUGCUAUUUCCAAAUCUCCACGGGCUAAAAUCAACGUGGAAUACGUACAGAUAUGACACGAUCUCGAUCGAAGACGACCACGUACUACUCUAAUAAUUUAAUUAAGCUGUAAUAUU